CCAAUGCUCACUCAACUCGCCUGCCGCGGCGCUCUCUCUGCCUUCGCUCGCCGCCCUCUUCUUUCAUCCCUCAUCUUCCCGUUGUCCGCGUCGUUGAGGCUUGGCCCCGCUCCGAGCCGUCGUCGAUGUCGUGGAUGGCCAAAGCGCAGACGCGGAGAGCGGACUGAGAGGGCAAUCGCGUCGUCGACUUGAGAAAGAGGGAAAACAGUUGAUGCGGACGCAGCACCUUGUGACGUCCAAUUGCAACAUCACUUCACGCCGAAAGACGACGAUGGAGGACGACGCCGACAUGACUGUCAAGAGGGAAGGAGGGAUCUCAAGUGAAGAUAGCGGGAGAUAUGCCGGCAUACCAGCAAAGCGGCCCUUGCCGACCGGCGAAGAGGGCAUGGCGCCGUCUGGCUCGGGGACGAAGGCCUAUCUGGCGCAUACAGCCUCGCACCUUUCUUCCUCGCAAGCCAACUCGUCCCGAUCGCCUUCGCCCUCUUCAUCCUCGCCUUCAAGUAGACAUACACCCGCGCUCGCCAGCAAUUCAGGCGCGGUCGCAUCGACAUCAAAGCACAAGCUGCCACCACACUAUCGUGGCCCCCUGCCGCGGGAAGAUGACCCGGAAGAUGUUGCCCCUCUCCCUCUCCUCCAUGUCGCGCCCGGAUACUCCUCAUCCUCCUCGUCCUCACGGCUCUAUCAGCCCCCAAACACCCCUCUCAACCGCAACUCCUGGCGCUACACAUUCGCCGGCCCCUCCACCUCCUACCUCCCCACCUCAGUCUAUCGUUCCAUUCCCUCCCAGCCCGAUAGGCUGCGAUGGGACUGGAGCGAUCGUUCUGCCUUUACAAAGCUCAGCCGUGAGGCAGAUGUGGUGAGCUCAGACAAAGGUUGGAGGAGUGUGCGAUGUAAUGUGCCCGUCAGAGAGGGGAGCUGGUAUGUUGAGAUUGAGGUGCUAGCCGAUGAGCACGGCAGCGCGGCGGUGAAUGGCAAGGAUGGACCUCAUGUGAGGCUGGGAUGGGGAAGGCGAGAGGCACCCUUGAAUGCGCCAGUGGGAUUUGAUGGAUACUCAUACGCAUUGAGAGAUACCACAGGUCAAUGUAUCACCCUCUCCCGACCCCAACCAUAUGGCAGUCCCUUCAAACCAGGCGACGUCAUAGGCAUGUACAUCCACAUCCCCUCACCCUUGCCGCAGCCAUCACCAAAGGACCCACGAGACCCACGGCAUGUCCGCAAGAGGCGCAUACCGAUCCGAUAUCGUGGUCAGACGUACUUUGAGCAGUUGGAGUACGCGCAGAGCAAGGAGAUGGAGCAUCUCAUGGACAGGUCAUGGGCAGGAGACAGGAUUCUGGGGCAGGACGGGAGGUUGAGAUUGGCGCAAGCUGCUAACGCGGGGCCGAAUGGCGGGUUGGACCCAAUGUCGGAGCUGGUCGAGGAGGGCGAGCAUCGGGAGGGUGCUGUCCGCCCGGGAGGAAAGCGUAAUGGGACCACGGCCUCCUCAUCAUUUUCCUCCGCCCCCUCCCAAUCCACUGCUCCGCCAGGCACAGGCAAGUCGAAACGCCAAGCAGGCCCGGGCGAUGAGCCUGGCGGUGGGGGCGGGAAAAGCUCAAAGAACAAGGGCCCUCCCGGAGGCAAAGUGAAAGUCACACGACAGCUGCGACCUCUCCCAACUUUGGGCCCUGAAUCGCGGAUAGGCUUCUAUAUCAAUGGUGUGCCGCAAGGAUGGGCCUUCCAGGAUCUGCUUGACUACCGACCGUUGAGGCCACACCCGACUGCGGAGGACGCCAAUCUCGCCUCGACUGGCAAGAAGCGCGGGCCCAAGCCUCUAGGUCAAGACGGCUCCGCCAACUCCUUUGUUCAAACAGUCAUCCGAGCAGCCCGUCUGGCCGGGCGUGACUCUCCCUUCUAUUCCGUCCACGACGUCAGCCUCAUGGAGCGCGAGCUAGCCUCGGUGGGCAUAUCCUCCCUUGACGACAUCCCGCUCCUCACUGCUAGCGCGAGUUUGAGUGCGAUCAUGAAGAGUAGAGAGAAUGCGCACGAUGAUGGGAGCUGUGGAUACUGGGUGAUGGGGAGUGUCUAUGGUGGUGCUAGGCUGAGAUUGAGGGGAGAGAGCGAGGAGGGGGAGGGCUUGAGGUACAGACCAGGUGGGAAGGAAGGUUUCAGAGGCGUGGAGAGGGAGUUGGAAGCGGCGGAUCGACGCCGUCGUCGGAGGCAGGCGAGGGAGCAGGAUGCUCAAGCUACGUCGGAAAUGACCGAUGCUACCAUGCCAGUCGAGGAAGACGCCGACAACGACGCGGCCUCCAUCCCAGCGGAACCGUGGUGGGGCAGAUGCCGCCCACUGUCAGAGCGCUACGCUGAGUAUUGGGCAGAGCAGUGGAACCAAGACCUUGCGGAGGAGGAACGUGCCCGUGUUCGCGCCAAGUACAUCAAGCCUGUGGAUCUGGAGGACGAUCAAGAGGACGAAGACGAAGUUGGCGAUGACGGGCAUAACGCCGCCGGGGCGUUCGUGCAGGAGGAGGGAAUGCCACCCGUCAAAGGAGGCGCGGGUGGAAAAAAGAAGGGAGGCAGGCCCUCGGCAGCCAACACGGCGAGGAGAAGCAACACGCCGCGGCAAGGUACACCGGGCACGGCCAAUACAUCGAGGCGCGCCUCUCCCUUCCCUCUUGGCAAGAGCAAGCUCGACUCCUCCUCCCCUGCUCCUUCCUCUCGCUCCUCACCCGUCCCACCGACCACCUCCCACCAGCACUCCGCCGGCCCAACGGGUCCUCACGCAUUGUCAUCCGAAAUGGAAACGGACGAUUCCCUCGGCCCUCCUGGCACUACCCCGGUCUCAGGAAGUAGCCAGACGCAAUAUGACACCCCGCCACUCGCGCAUCGCAGCGCUGCCGCAGUGGCUCCGCCUGCUGCUGCCGCUACGACCCCCAACUUCUUGGACAGUCUAGCCGAAGCGGCCUUGAUGCAGAAAGCGGUCGAGGAGGCAGACGCAGAGCAUCAGAGACGCAGACGGUCUGAGGGGCAGCGGUACGGGGAUGGGAUGGAAGAGGAGGAUGGGGACGGAUAUGAGCAGGGAGCAGACGAUCAUGAUGGUGAGCAGGGAGAGCGAGGCGAUAUGGAUGUCGAUUGAUUGUUUGGCAUCGAUCAACUGUUCAUCGUGACAAUCCAGAGCAAAGCUAUCUUUGGAGCUGUGUUUGAGUGUGUGCGUGCGUGCCGUGCGUUCGUGCUCAUCAGCAUCUCGCUCCCUGCCAUCUACCACAUCUCCCUCCUAGCCCUCCUUGCCU